UUCAUUGGUCUGUUCGACAAUCUGCGCUUAGAUACGCAAUCGUAAAUAAAUAUGGCGGCGACUGUGGUCUAAAAAAGUUCGGGAAUCAACAGGAUUUGUCUGUAUGAAGCGAUUUUAAAAGGUUUAAACCAAAAAACGUUGUGACGAUGUCAACAGAUGAUGUUUACGCCGACCAGGCCAAGAAACUGGUGGACGAGGUGAUAGAUACCGCCAUCAAACGCCUGGAGACCAACCUGUCGCUGACAGAGCGCGAGAAAACGUUCGAGUCGCUGAAGGCUGAGGAGUUCUCUAGACAGUCCACCUUCGUCAGGGAAGAUAACUUUGAAGUCAAGAACAUCAAAUGGUUGAAUAUCUCAGAAUUCUCAGUAGAAAAAGCGGAAGAAAAGAUCCAUGAAUAUAUAAAGACCUGGGACUAUGAGGAUAGUUGGUUGUACUGUAUUGAUUUUCUGGGAGAGGAUCCUCAUGAGUUUGACACUAGGUUCAGGUACAGAGUGAGAUGGAGCAUCCCAACUCGAAGAAAGCCGAUCCCCAGGGCAACCGCUUGUGUCUAUUUCUCCUUUGUGGUGUCUUCAAUCAAACCUGGGACUUUCCCUGUAGAUGUAUUUUAUGUAUUUGAAGCCCAUCGAUUAGUUCACAAACCAGGAGAGUCCAGAUUCCGUGAGAAGUGGUUGAAAGACAUUAUUGAGAAUAAAGUGAUGAUGAUGCAGGCUAUUGAAUUUUAGGAAGAAAAACAUAAGAACUGCCCAUAGAGAAGUGAAUUCCUGUGAUAUAUUACUGUCUGAUGUUAUUUUUGCAUUUUGGAGUUAAUUAGGAUUUUAUUAUCAUGUGUUGAUUUAUUGCAAGUUUUUUAACUAAAGGUUAAUAUUUGUAUAUUUAAACACUUAUUUUCUAAUUCUGAGAGGCUUGAUAAGCCAUACAUUAAUAUUCAAAUACCUGUUUAUAUUGUACAUGUUAUAUCAGUAUCUGUAUGUUUAUUUUGUAUUAUUGAGUUGUCUGCCCCUUAUUGUAUAAUAGGGAUAAAACUCUAUGAUGAUCAUGCCAUUUUAAGUAUGAAUGCUACCAGUUCACAAUAAAAUUGUCAAAAUGGUA